UGGACAUCCUCUCACAUAGUGUCAAUGAACUAUCCUCCUUUGAGUCAAAUUUGAACUCUGUCGUGAUUCUACACUGUUCUGCGUGAUUUACUUAUGUAGAUGCAUUGAAAGGUUUACAAUGAGAAUAAUCUUCAUCAGAUAAAACUCAGAUAAAACACAAUCAACUCACUAAACGGGCCCCGUCAAACGUGCGUAACGUUACGCGUAAAGUUGUACGUAAAGCGCGCUCGGGGGGGAAGGGGUGUCAUAUUUCAGUCGUCUUCCUCUCGGUUUCUCUCAGGACGCGCGCACGCUAUGGAGAGGCCGUGCGCGGUCGUGCCAGAGCACCGCAGUCUUUACGUCAGGCAGGAGGGAGGACACGUAACGGUCCGCAAAGACUGAGCCAGUCUGCGGGAUAGCAGCACCACUAUUCUCACCAGACUCUCCGUGCAUUUUUAACAGGCCUCAAACUAUUGAUUUCUGCACCGUGUAGACACAGGAGAACAAAAACAGAGAUGGUGUUCAGAGGCACAAUAACAGAUGCUGCCGGUUUUGAUCCCAGCGCCGAUGCCGAGGCGCUGUACAAUGCUAUGAAGGGCAUGGGCAGUGAUAAAGAAGCCAUUUUGGACCUGGUCAGUUCUCGCAGUAACGCUCAGAGGCAGGAAGUCAUUGCAGCGUACAAGUGUACCUUUGGAAAGGAUCUUAUUGAGGAUCUGAAAUAUGAGCUGACGGGUAAAUUUGAGCGUCUCAUUGUGAGCCUGAUGAGAACUCCAGCAUACCACGAUGCCAAAGAAAUUAAAGACGCACUCAAAGGAGCUGGAACCAACGAGAAGUGCUUGAUUGAAGUCCUGGCUUCAAGAAACAACAAACAGACACGCGACAUGGUUCAAGCAUACAAGGAUGCCUAUGGUAGAAACAUGGAGGACGAUGUGAUAGCUGACACUUCUGGUCACUUUAAGAAGAUGCUGGUUGUUUUACUUCAGGGGACCAGAGAUGAGUCGGGGGUCGUGAACGCAGAUCUGGUGGAGCAAGAUGCACAAGACCUUUAUGCUGCUGGCGAAGAGAAGUGGGGGACAGACGAGGCCAAAUUCAUCAUGAUUCUGGGAAACCGCAGUGUGACUCACCUCCGCAUGGUUUUUGAUGCGUACGAGAAGAUUGCAGAGACGUCCAUAGAGGACAGCAUAAAGAGCGAGCUGUCUGGAGACUUUGAGAGGCUGAUGCUUGCUGUUGUCCAGUGCAUACGCAGUGUUCCCAUGUUCUUUGCCAAGCGCCUUUACAAGUCCAUGAAGGGUCUCGGUACAGCUGACAACACCUUGAUCAGGAUCAUGAUUGCUCGCUCUGAAAUAGACAUGUUGGAUAUCCGCGAGUGUUUCAGGCUCAGAUAUGAGAAGUCACUUUACAACAUGAUUAAGGAUGACACAUCAGGUGAUUACAAGAGGACUCUGCUGAAUCUGUGUGGAGGAGAUGACGAUUUAGCUGGAGAGUUUUUCCCUGAAGCUGCUCAGAUAGCCUACAAGAUGUGGGAAAUAAGUGCCAUGACCAAAGUCCAGCGGAGGCCAACAGUUGUCCCUGCACCCAACUUUGAUCCUGCUGCUGAUGCACAAGCGCUAAGAAAAGCCAUGAAGGGAUUCGGAACUGACGAAGAUGCAAUUAUUGACAUAGUUGCACAUCGAAGCAAUGCACAGAGGCAAGCCAUCAGACAGACCUUCAAAUCACUACUGGGAAGGGACCUGAUGAAGGACUUGAAGUCCGAACUGUCCAAGAACUUGGAGAGACUCGUUAUUGGGCUCAUGUUGACACCCGCUGAGUUUGAUGCCAAAAUGAUGAGGAAGGCCAUAGAGGGCGCUGGCACAGAUGAACAUGCCCUGAUUGAGAUCCUGGUCACGAGGAGCAACGAGGAAAUACAAGCCAUGAAUGCUGCUUAUCAAGAAGCCUAUAAAAAGUCUUUGGAAGAAGCCAUUCAAUCUGACACAUCAGGCCACUUCUGCCGCAUCCUGGUUUCACUCGUGCAGGGUGCAAGGGAAGAUGGCCCUGCAGAUUUUGAAAGAGCCAAUACAGAUGCUCAGGAACUUGCUGACGCAUGCAAUGCUGACUCUGAUGACAGAGUGAUGAAGUUCAUGAGUAUUUUGUGCACCAGAAGCUUCCCUCAUCUCAGGAAGGUUUUUCAGGAGUUUGUCCGAUUUUCCAAUAAGGACAUCGAACAGAUCAUCAAGAAGGAAAUGUCAGGAGAUGUGAAAAAUGCCUUUUAUGCCCUAGUUCGCAGCGUGAAGAACCAGCCUUCUUACUUUGCAGACCGUUUGUACAAAGCAAUGAAGGGUCUCGGCACAGACGACAGAGCGUUGAUCCGCAUCAUGGUGUCCCGUAGCGAGAUCGACCUUUUCAACAUUCGUAAAGAGUUUAAAGAAACACAGGACGCCUCCCUCCAUGAAUUCAUCCAGGUAGAGACGAUGAUCGGUGACACUUCAGGAGAUUACCGUAAAACCCUGCUGGUGCUCUGUGGAGGGGAGGAUUAACGUUGGCACAUCUUCACAGUCCGCAGUGGUGAGACCUGCCACCGAAAGGCGCCGUCACUCAGUCAAACUGUGAUGGUUGAUAUCUAUUGGCAGCGCCCUGAACUGCUGCUGCUACUCUGCCAAACCAAAGUUACGUCCACGUCUUUCAAGCCAGUUUUUCCUCACAUGGAUGAUCCUCUAUCAGGACAUUGCUUUCUUUUUUUCUUUACAGAGCCGUGCUAUUCGAAAGCACAGCCAUCACAUGCUGUCCAUCCAGCCAUCACUAUACAUAACUAAAUAAAAUCAACAG